ACGUUGUAAAAUGAAGUGCGCAGUUGCGAAAUGUGGAAAAACGGCGGCAGAGUGCAGUUUGUUUACUUUUCCUUCAGAUCCAGAACUUAGGAAAAAGUGGAUCCAGUUCUGCCGGCAAAGCAAGGAUUUCCAAUUUAAAACUUGCUAUAUUUGCAUGCAUCACUUUGCAAGUGAAGAUUUUGAAAAUAGUCUGCAGUUUGAAAUGGGUUAUGCAAAAAGAAGAUUGUUGAAACGAGGCUCCGUGCCAUCAAUUUACAAGCCCGGUGAUGAAAACCCGGAGCGUUCGCAAAGAGUUCAUCGUCGUCAAAAUACGUCGUUAAUAUUGGGUUUCAUUGGAACGAUAUCCUUAUUUGAUGCUGUGGGCAGGCGUCACAGUUUCAGAUGCUACUUACCAUGCUAUGAGCACGCCCUUGCUCAACGAAUUGGCCCUUUUACGCUGUUUCCUGGUUAGCGCUCUUCGAUUCUCUGUAGUCUUUCUGGCAUCGUAUAGCUUCUAUAUUUGUUUCCAAGCCUUGGAGCUAUGCACUAUUUGCUGUGGCUUCAAUUUCAUUUGGAAAUCUUACUCGUUCCAUUUGCCAGCGCAACGGCGGCCAUAGAAUGCAAU